CUGAUGCCUUAACUUAUUGAAUUAUACUCAACGCAUUGCAAACGAAGUCCACGCCUUGACGUUUGUCAGGUCGGGGUGGGGUUCUCAACUUAGACAUGUGCUUCGUCAGUUUAUACGUAUUGGCUUGAAUAGAAAUGAGAGGAUUGCGGGCUCCCUGCCCACUUACAGCGGGCUCGCGAUUUCGGCGCCCGCACGUCGUCGUUUGCUCAACGCCUGCGUCGGCGUGGGGCGCCUCUCGCCAGGGGAGCGGCUCUUCAAAGUCGUAUCCGUCCCUAAGCUACAGUGUCAACCGGCGCGAUAUCUCCGGCGCCGAGCUGGCCCUGCUGCUGUCCGCCAGCCGCGCCGCCGACCUAGCCGACCCGGGGCAGCCGCUGGCGCUCCACGCCUACAGCUACUGGUGCUCGCAGGCCGGCGUGCGGCACGCCACGAAAUUGGAGCUAGCCCUGCGCCGCUCUGUGGCCACCGUGGCGUGCUUCACAACCCUAGACGUGUACGGCGAGGCGGAGGCCGAGGCCCUGCGGCAGCAGCACCAGCAGCAGGGCGAGGGCGGCAGUAGCAGGAGCCCGAGCGGCAGCGGCAGUAGCAACGGCGCGGGCGGGGUGCGCAGCGGCUCGCCGCUUGGGCUGGGGUUGGGGCGAAAUUUGGUGGCUGGGGAAGAGGAGUGCCCGCUCACACACGAGCAACACGAACGCGAACGCGCCGCACGGCUGGGCGGCGGCGGCGGCGGCGGCGGGGCGGGCGAGUGGCCCAAGCCGCCAGUGCCUCGAGGCACCCCCGAUAUGGAGUGGAACUGGCUCCGGCCGAGCAGCACCAGCAGCGGCAGUAGCAGCGGCGCCAGCAGCAGUAGUAGCAGCGGCGGUGGCGGGCCGUUCGGGCGGCCGGCGGCGGCGUCUCGCAAGCAGCUUGUGGGCUUCGCACGCGCCACCGGGGAUAACUCACUGGUCGCCACGGUGUACGACGUGGCCGUGCACCCCUCCAUGCGCGGCCUGGGCAUUGGCCACCGCCUGGUGAAGCUGCUGCUGCAGCAGGUGCAGGCGCGGGCGGUGUACGACAUUGGUGUGAUCACGCCGUGCUCCCUGGGGGGCUUCUGGGAGCGCUGCUCCUUCGAAGACGACCGCGAGGACUCCACCUACAUGGUAUUCACCGGCCGCAGCAGCACCAGCAGCAGCAGUCGAAAUGGGGGCUGCAGCAGCAGUAGCAGCAACGGGGCAGGCGGCCAUGGCGCCAGUUGGGCGGACGACGUCAGCGAUGGCAGCGAGCGGGCUGCGUCAGGGGAAGGCUCUGGCUCGCUGGGGUUGUGGUCGCAACAGCAACCGCAACAGGAGCAGGAGGUGGAGGACGACGCAGGGUUACGACGGGGCAGCUGGGAGUGGCGGGAAGGAACAGGUAGUGGUGAAGCCUCUGACCUUGCUGUAGCCGCCGCGGCGGCGGCGAGCCGGGUUCAGUACGGAUCUCAGCAGUGGAGUGACGUCAGCGGCGGCAGCAGCGGCGGCGACAGCGACGGCUUUGAUGCGGGAGGGCACUCAAACUGGGGGCAGCAGGAGCCGGGGCAGCAAAGGCAGCAGCAGCAGCACGAGGAGGCCGGGUGGGGUGUGGGCGGGCUGGAGGGACCGGGGGGUAUGCUGGAUGAGUGCGGGUGCUGGACGCCCCACACAACACAGGCCCUGCUGGAGAGAGCGGACCUGGGCCACUGGGCGGCGGCGCAGCAGUCGGAGUCGCUGAGGCGGCUGUUGGAUGCCAAACUGCAGCGGUUAAAGGAGGGAGGCGGCCGGGCGGGCGAGCCGGGGGCGGGCACGGCAGCCGCGGCGCGGGCGCGCGGGCCGCGGUGGACGGGGCUGGGCGGCCGGUCGCGUGGGGUGCCAGCGCUGCCAUCGCCUGGCAACGGGGUUGGGCUUGGAGGCAACAGCGGAAAUGGCAGCGGCUGAUGAGAGCGCUGGGUGUCAUUGUGUUGUCAAUGUGAUCAGUCGCGGUCAUCGUGUGAUCAUGGGAGUCGAGGGAGGAGGGAGGAGGCGUAUGAGCAGCCCCUUGACGGCAGCAUCACAGGAAUAGGCGUAGGCGUCGCUGCAUGGGUGCGGCAGCCCGAGGCAGCAUUAGGGUAAUGCACAGAUCGUGAACAAUAGUGUGUGGGUGUCCGGAUGCAGACGACAUUCGUCGCCCAGUAAGCGGCGCCGGCGCGCAGGUUGAGGCGGCCGGUGUCUGGUUAGCGGUCUUUGCUGGCGAGCAUAGCACCGCACUGUGUGUGGUAGACCGCAGCAGUGAGAAGCGUUAUGCCCUGCUGUUUGGUUGAGCCUGGCUGUGAAAAUGUGCUUGGCAGCGGGACGCAGCUGGACACAUGGCGGGCCGUGUCUGUACGGAUCAACCGCGGACCCUCCACGUAGUGUUUGACUUACCUUCUGCAACUCACGCGGCCCAAUGAGGCACCGCGUGCUAGCCUGCCAGGCGUGCUCCGAAACAGGAGCUCGGUGGAUGGGAUGUCGAGGACUAAGGACUAAGACAAGG